AUGGGCAUAAAGAACUUGAUGCCUUUGUUGAACAAGAAGGCACCACAAGCUAUCUACAGUCGGCAGUAUAAGGACCUCCAGUCCCAAACUGUCGCAAUUGAUGCUACAAUGGCAAUGUACCAGUUCUUAAUCAGCACUAUUAGUUUGAACAAGAAGAGGCAGAUCAAGAUUCUUGAAGAUUCUGAGGGAAACCGAACUGGACAUUUGAUAGGAAUUCUACAUAGAACGAAUAAAAUACUGAGUCAUGGAAUCAAACCUGUCUGGAUAUUUGAUGGACCCUCUCCGCUUGAGAAGAAGGAGCUGAUCGAUCAUCGGCAAUCCAGGGUGGAAUGCGCCCAGCAGCGAUUAGAACAAGCUCAAGAGGAUAAGGACGUGGAGCUUGAGAAGAAGAUGAGUGAGAGGGUAGUCAGAAUCAAUAAAACUCACAGAAAGGAUGCAAAAUUAAUGCUCAAGUAUAUGGGUAUUCCAGCUUUUGAAUCUCCUUCGGAAGCAGAAGCUCAGUGCUGAGAACUUGUUAAAGCAGGGGUUGCAAGGGGAGUUGUUAGUGAAGACCUUGAUUGACUAGCAUUUGGAGCUAAAUCAUUAAUCAGGGGAAUGAAAUCAUCAAAGAACUUUACAGAAAUUAUGCUAGAGGACAUUUUGAGCUCACUGAAUCUCUCAAUGAGCCAAUUCAUUGAUGUUUGAAUUCUUCUGGGAUGUGAUUACCUUCCGAAGCCUCAAAACAUCGGUCCUGUAACUGCAUUUUCCUUUAUUCAGAAGUAUGAAAACAUUGAAUCAAUUGUCAAUGAUUUGGAGAAUAUUAACAAAAAGAGAAAACGUAAGAUUGUUAUAACAGAUGCCAAUGACACUGAACAAGACUGUAUCAAAAAGAUCGAGCAUGUAAGAGGCUUAUUCACACAUCCAAAUGUUGCCAGAGCGGCUGAUGUUGAUACUAAGUUUCAUUCUCCUCAGCCAGAGAAAUUGCUAGACUUCCUCGUGACUCAGAAACAGUUUAAAGCAAAGAACGUAAUGACUGCGGUCAAGAAAAUGGAGAAAAGCUUAAGCAAGUAUUUCUAGAGCUUAUCUCUGCUGGAC